ACAACCAGGUUGCCAAGUACUAAUCACUAAGCUUAGUUAGCUUGGGAGUGAGAGUGAUCGAGCUAGCCAAGAUGUUCGGAUUGUUUACUCGGGCGCAGCUCAAGGGCAAGGUGUUGCUCCAGCGCAGGAACGUCCUCGACUUGAACCACUCCGGCGGCGCCCCCCUCAGCCACGACACCUGGGAUGAGUUCACCACCAAAGGCGUCACCUGUCAGCUCAUCAGCUCCACCGUCGCCGAUCAAAACGACGCCAGCCGGGGUCUGGUGGGUGAGGAGGAGCGCGUGGAACACUGGGUGAUGCACUUGCCCCCAAUGACCCACAGCGACACCACCUACGAUGUCACCUUCGACUGGGACGUGAAGAAGCAGGGCCUCCCCGGCGCCGUCAUCGUCCGCAACUACCACGCCACCCAGUUCCUUCUCAAGACCAUCACCAUCGACCACGUCCCCGGCCACCACGGCCCCAUCGUCUUCAUCGCAAACUCAUGGGUCUACAACACCGACAAGUACCACUACGACCGAGUCUUCUUCACCAACGAUACUUGCCUGCCGAGCAACAUGCCGGUGCUGCUCCAGCCGUACCGGGAGGAGGAGCUCCAGAUCCUGCGAGGCGACCACCCCAAGCAGAAGCACGACCGCGCCUACCAAGACCACGACCGUGUCUACCGCUACGACCUCUACAACGACCUCGGCGAUCCCGACAACAAGAGCCCCCGCCCCACCCUCGGCGGCCCCGACAGCCCCUACCCUUACCCGCGCCGCGGCCGCACCGGCAGGAAGCCCAUGAAGAGCGAUCCCACGUGCGAGAGCCGCAACGUCGUGCCCGUGCUUCAGCAGUUCUACGUGCCCCGCGACGAGUGCUUCAACCACGUCAAGAAGGCUGACUUCACCUCCUACCUCCUCAAGGCAAUCAGCGCCGGCAUCCUCCCCCUCGCCAGGGAGCUCUUCGACACCGCUGUGCCACGCGAGUUCGACGACUUCGAGGACAUGUACAAGCUCUACGAGGGCGGGAUCAAGAUCCCCGACGUCCCCGUCAUGGACCUAAUGUUCAAAGUCUUCCCGCCGCUCAAGAGCAUCUGCCCUUCCGGCGGCUCCUACCUCUUGAAGAUGCCCAUGCCAGAGGUCAUCAAGAACGACAAGCUCGCGUGGCGCACGGACGAGGAGUUUGCCCGCGAGAUGCUCGCCGGCCUCAACCCGCACAUCAUCACGCGCCUGCAGGAGUUUCCUCCCAGGAGCAAGCUUGACGGGUACGGCGACCAGACCAGCACCAUCAAGGUGGAGCACAUCCAGCCCUACCUCGGCAAGCUCACCGUCGACAAGGCGAUCACCGACGGCAGGCUCUUCAUCCUGGACCACCACGACAACUUCAUACCUCAGCUGCUCAAGAUCAACAGCCUCGAGAACACCUUCGUCUACGCCACCAGGACGUUGCUCAUCCUGCAGGACGACGACACCCUCAAGCCAAUCGCCAUCGAGCUCAGCAGGCCACGCCUUGAUGAAAUCGGCACCAAAGUGGUCGGCGCCGACAGCAAGGUCUACACGCCCCCCUCCUCUGCAGGCUCCGAGUCGGACAACAAGGUCCAGGACACCAUCUGGCAGCUGGCCAAGGCCUACGCCGCCGUGAACGACUCCGCCUGGCACGGGCUCAUCAGCCACUGGCUCCACACCCAUGCGGUGAUCGAGCCGUUCAUCAUCGCCACCAACCGGCAGCUCAGCGUCACCCACCCAAUCUACAAGCUCCUGCAGCCGCACUACCGCGACACCAUGAUGAUCAACGCCCUAGCACGCCAAGUCCUCAUCAGCGCUGGCGGCUUCUUUGAGAUGACUGUCUGCCCCGGUGAGUACGCACUCAGAAUCUCCUCUGACGUCUACAAGAACUGGAACUUCACCGAGCAGGCACUGCCGGUAGACCUCAUCAAGAGGGGUGUGGCGAAGCAUGACUCCACCAGCCCCUGUGGAGUGUCGCUGCUCAUCAAGGACUACCCGUACGCGGUGGACGGGCUUGCUGUCUGGUCAGCCAUCGAGAACUGGGCCGAGGAGUACGUCAAGAUCUACUACCCAAGUGACAGUGUGGUUCAAGACGACGCCGAGCUGCAGGCUUGGUGGAAGGAGGUGCGUGAGGUCGGCCAUGGCGACAUCAAGGACCAGCCCUGGUGGCCCAAAAUGACAACAGUGCAGGAGCUUGUCAGGUCCUGCGCUACCAUCAUCUGGAUCGCCUCCGCGCUGCACGCUGCCGUCAACUUUGGCCAGUACUCCUAUGCUGGCUACCUCCCUAACCGCCCAACAGUGAGCCGGCGGCCAAUGCCGGAGCUAGGAACCAAGGAGUACCAGGAGGUGGAGACUAAUCCGGACAUGGCCUUCAUCCACACCAUCACGAGCCAGCUCCAGAGCAUCAUUGGAGUGUCUGUGAUCGAGGUUCUGUCCAACCACUCCUCUGACGAGGUGUACCUAGGGCAGCGCGAUGACCCACACUGGACAUCAGAUGACAGGGCAAAGAAGGUGUUCGACAAGUUCAGCAAGAGCCUGAUCGACAUUGAAAAGAGUAUCAUAAGUAGGAACAAGGAUGAGAAUCUCAAGAACCGGAAUGGGCCAGCACGGUUCCCCUACAUGCUGCUCUAUCCCAACACCUCUGACAUCGAUGGCGAGAGCGCCACCGGGAUCACGGCCAAGGGCAUCCCCAACAGCAUCUCCAUCUGAUCAAUGUUGAUGGUAAUAUUUCUGUCGUAUAUGUUUCUCGACUGUUUAUUUUCUCAUUGCAAAUAAGGAACGUGGAUGUGCACGCGUCUGUAUGUGCCCAGAAGCGUGCUUGUUCACGUUGAGGCUGCGGUAUGCUUACCUUUCUAUUGAUGAAGCGGGUCAUCGCCUUGUAGUCGGCAAAUAUUUUGAGCUUGAAUAAAUAAAAUAAAAAGCAGAAAAGACUCAAGGUUAAUGUGUCCCAAAA